AUGGCUAGUGAAGCUGCCAAUGCAUCUAGAGUUGAAUCUAGCAACCUCUCCAACGAUAAUCGUUCAUCGCGCGAAUCAGAGAUUGGACUCAAUCUUUCCACCACUAUGAACCCGAUUAUUACUUCUUCCGAAAGCCAACCUGAACCCGAAAGGACUUUCUCUUGCAACUAUUGCAGGUCAAAGUUCACUAGUCCUCAAGCCUUAGGGGGACACCAAAAUGCCCACAGGCAAGAGCGUGCAUUAGCCAAAAGGCUUCGAGAGAUCCAAGCACAAACUUUUACCCCUCCAACCUAUCCCCAUUACCCCUAUCCAACCCUUUCUUCAACCCCUUAUCAAGGAUCUUUGAAUAGAUCAAUCCUUGGGGUUAGGCUAGGAUCCAUGAUCCGUAAGCCUUUACAUUCAUGGACACUGUUUGGAUCCGGUGGAUAUCUUUCCGGUCAUGGUUACCCUAGGCUAGCUAUGAGGAACCAUCUUCCUCCAAGUUUUAAUGGCAGGUUAAGCAUCAACAACAAUGGUGGAAUUGCAAUCUCAGGGCCUUCAACCUCUUCAAGAAUGGUUACCGGAAGGGGUCCACUUGAGAGCUUUGCUCGUAAUUCUCAGGCAAAUGUUGGAGCCAAUAGGCCAGCAACUAAUCAGAAUGAUGAUUCAGAAAUCGAUUUGACCCUUAGGCUUUAA